AUGUCUAAAUCGUCAGAACAGUAUGACAGCUCAGACUGCGUUUGCUCCUACGGGAUGAAGUUGACGUGGGACAUCAACGAUCCAAAACUGCCUCAGGACAUAAAGCAGUUCGACGCCUUUCAAGAGUGGACGGAUGGAUACGUACGGUACAUCUACAGCACGGAGGACAAGAACGCGCAGCGUCACUUGAGCGGCUGGGCCAUGCGCAACACCAACAACCACAACUGUCAGAUCCUGAAGAAGUCCUGUCUGGGGGUGGUAGUAUGCGCGAGAAACUGCACGCUCCCGGACGGCAGUAAACUCCAACUGCGACCGGCCAUAUGCGACAAGGCACGCCAGAAACAACAAAAGAAACUUUGUCCCAGUUGUAGCUCAGCCCUGGAGCUGGUACCUUGCCGAGGACACAGCGGUUACCCCGUCACAAACUUCUGGCGUGUGGAUGGAAAAGCAAUCUUUUUCCAGGCUAAAGGAGUUCACGAUCACCCCAGACCCGAGAGUAAAUCUGAAACUGAGGCACGGAGAAGCGCUGUGAAGAGGAGAAUGUCUUCUCCUCACUUCUCCCAGAAACGUCGGCUGGUGGAGCAGGAGACGAGUCGUUACCACGACAUGCCGUUUCCCAGCCUGCACCAGCUCUCCUGCAUGGAGCCCCCGGACCGUUUCAGUAUCAUAGCCGAAUCCAACUUCCCCAUCCAGACUCCACACUACCCCACCUUCCAAAACCCGGAGCCGUACAAGUUCCCGUACGACGCCCACACGGCCAUGGCCGACGCUCCCAGUCCGCUCCAGAAGCAGGCCAACCAUCGCCUCUACAUGGCCCGCCCGCCCUGCGGCUACGACUUCCCCGUGCCCGGGUACCUGGGCACCGGUUCGUACGCGGCGCUCUGCAAGGACCCGGCCAGCCCCCAGCCGGAGACAGACGCCGGGAAAUCGGGCUCGGGUCUAACCGGGCCGACUCACAGCACCGCAGCCUUAAUGAGCCACGACCGAGGGUACCCGGAGCCCGCGGCCAAACACCACAGCUGGAAGCAAAUCCUGGGAAAGGGGGCGUAUGGAGAGAGGGGGGAGUAUGGACAGCUGCCUGCCAACGGCAACCACCACUACUACAACACCGAGUACCCCUGCAGGUUCACCGGUCCAGCCCCCACCACGCCCGCCGCCCUCCAGACCAUAAUAACAACCACCACCAAAGUCUCCUACCAGCCCUGCCCCAAACCCUCCGUCGUCAAGUACGGAGAGAACAUCUACGACGUGAAGAGCCUCCCAAACUGUAGCACGCUGCUGGAGGAGGCCUCACCCACGUCCUACUCUGAACUCAAAAUCCCAGAGGACACCGGGGUUAUCAAAACAGCGCUGUCGUACCAGGAGGCCCUUCCCGCCAAAAUAGAGCGGGCAGAGAACUUUGACAGCUAUCGCUAUGGCAGCUACACCUCGAACAACUACGCCGACAGGGUGACACAUCCGUUCAGAUACGACGGUGCGGACUACUGA